AUGCCUGGAGGUGGACAAAUGCCAAAAGAGAAACAGACACCCAAGAACAAGGUGUGUCUAAUUUGCAUUGAUGGAUGGGGUAUUUCAAGCAAAAAGUCAGCUGAAGGUGACGCGAUCCGAAAUGCCGAUACACCUGUCAUGGAUAAAUUGGAAAAGAAUGAUCCUUUUAUCAAGAUAUCGGCACAUGGUCUUGAUGUUGGUCUUCCGGAUGGAUUAAUGGGUAACUCUGAAGUGGGUCAUUUGAACAUUGGUGCUGGUCGUGUGGUGUACCAGGAUAUUGUCCGAAUUGACAUUGCUGCCAAAAAGAAAGAGUUUGGUCAAAUCCCCAAUAUCAAGGCAGCAUUUGAUCGUGCAAAGGAAGGCAAUGGGCGAUUGCACUUUUUGGGUCUCGUGUCGGAUGGUGGCGUACACUCGCAUAUUGAUCACUUGAUUUGUCUACUGGAAGCUGCCAAAGAAGCAGGUGUACCCGAGGCGUAUGUGCAAUUCUUCGGUGAUGGGCGUGAUACGUCACCCAAGUCAUCUACCAAAUAUGUCAAACAAUUGGAGGAUGCAAUGAAAAAGAUAGAUUACGGCACGAUAGCAACCAUCGUAGGUCGUUAUUAUGCAAUGGAUCGUGACAAACGUUGGGAGCGCAUUCAAAUUGCAUUUGAAGGAUUGACACAAGGCAAGGGAGAAAAGGCUGACGAUCCUGUAUCAGCCAUUGAGAAGCGCUAUGACCAAGGUGAAACGGAUGAAUUCCUUAAGCCUAUCAUUCUCAGUGAUAAAGGACGUGUCAAGGAUGGUGAUACGCUCUUCUUUUUUAACUUUCGAUCGGAUCGGAUGCGAGAAAUCAACCAAGCUUUUGGUAUCAGCCCAUGUCCAUUUGAAAGCAAGGUGCCCAAAGAUCUUGGUAUCUACGACAUGACCCAAUACAAGAGCGACUUUCCUUUCAAGGUGGCAUUUGAAGCACAAACCAUGGAUAACGUGCUCGCUGAAUGGUUGUCCAAGAAUGGCAUAUCGCAAAUGCAUGUAGCUGAGACUGAAAAGUAUGCCCAUGUUACCUUCUUUUUCAAUGGUGGCACAGAGGCACAAUUUGACAAGGAGGACCGUGCACUGAUCCCAUCACCCAAAGUGGCUACCUAUGACCUCCAGCCCGAAAUGAGCUCCAAGCAGGUUGCUGACAAGGUAGCUGAAGCGAUUGAAAGUGACAAGUAUCCUUUUGUCAUGUGCAAUUUUGCUCCUCCUGACAUGGUGGGUCACACCGGCAAGUAUGAUGCAGCUGUCAAGGCUGUAGGUGCUACAGAUCACGGUAUUGGUGUCAUUCUUGAUGCAUGCAAGAAACAUGGGUACACACUUGUUGUCACUGCGGAUCACGGUAAUGCUGAAAAAAUGUUAUCGGAUGAUGGCAAGAGUCCACACACCGCACACACCACAUCGGAUGUUCCUUUUAUCGUUGUAUCAGACAAGUUCAAAUUUGAAAAGAAUGCAAAAGGAUGCCUUGCAGACGUUGCUCCCACAAUCCUCCAUAUAAUGGGCUUGGACGUUCCUAAGGAAAUGACAGGCCAUAACUUGCUCGUAUAG